GUAAAUGUACGUAAUUUUUGAUAACAAAAUCAUGACAUUGUUUUUAAGAGAAUGAUGCCGUGUGUGUGUGUGGGGAGAAGGGGUGGGGUGUUCAUGGGCGGUAGUGAGGCAAAAUUGAUUUGUAAGCAAACCGGCUGCGCAUGUGCACUUCAUCACUCUUGAUCUUCAUCAUUCCCUUCGCAAACACAUUCAUUGUGUAAAUUGUGAAAGGCACACACGUUUACAUCGACUUGAAUGAACAGCGCUGCUCCGACUUUCAAAUUUGCGCCACACAAUUUCAGGAAAAGGUUUCACAGGUUCUUGGGGUCCAGAUUGGUGUCACGGAAAUCAUUGAUGCCGAAACCAUAAUCAAUUUGGUUUAAUUUUGACAUUAUCAGAGACCUGUUGUGUAUCUUCUCUCAGCGUUCAAUAUAAGGAAUGAACGAUGUUCUAUGAUGUUCUCUCUCGUUUGCUGGUUUUUUUCUGCAUCAGUUCUGCUGCAAGAGCACAGACUUGUACAGUCGGAGAUCAUGCAGAUUCCACUCGGUUCGCUUCUGACUUUAUUUUCGGUCUGCCUGCAAGUGGACAGAGUAGCUCAUACAUUGGAGACUACGGGUGUUUUGUUCAGACUACCCAACCAUUUGGUACUGACUUCAACGCAGCUCGACCAGCCAGGGAUGAAGUUGGUGUCUACACCAUAUCUGCUGAGCUGCCUCAACAUAUGAAGCUGACAUUUACAGCAGGGCCAUCAGUUACCAGAGACACGGGAUUGCACAAUGGAACCUUGAGGGUCUUUCUUGAAAACACUCUUGUCAUGUACUUAUUCGGAGCCAAUACAGAUGACGAGGCAUAUGGUGCCACCGCCGUAAUUCCCCUUGAAUAUCUAGGUCAGGAAUAUUUUGUAUCAGUUCGAGCUGGCCCAAGCCCUGGAGAAGUGGUAAUCUCUUCAACCGGUGAAGCAACUUUGAUUUGCCUGACACCCAAUGGUCCUUUUACAUACAAUGGCAUCAGUUAUUCUGCUCCCUUAUCGAGUGUCCAAUUUGAGAUUCCGGCCUGGUAUCAAAUGGUAAUCACAAGCUCAUCGAACGACUUUACAGGGUCAAGAAUACUGGCAAAUACGACCGUUUCUGUCGUUAGUGGGUCGGCUUGUGCUGUCAGUCCAAGGCAAGGAAGCGAUUCAUGUGACUAUGCCAUGGAACAUCUGAUGCCUUACGAUAAAUGGGGAACCAUCUUUAAUGUACCGCCAUUUAUAGAUGGGGUUUCUACGGGUUUCUAUGUCCAGAUUACCGCUGGGAGAGACGAUACGACUAUCAACGUCGAUGGUACUGUAAUCGGUCUUGAUCAAGGACAGACCGAGAGCCGAGAUGUCAACAGCAUAAACGCCAUUCUACGGAUCACCAGUGAUAAGCCCAUCCAAGUAGUGCAGGUACUCGAUGGAGCCACAUCAAUGGUUGUCAUUCCACCCGAAGAGCAAUACACCCUCCAGACUUCUUACUUUCGUUUAUCGGGUGCUUCAUCCCUCGAUUUCUUUUUCAACCACUUUUUUACAAUCGUGGCUCCGUGCUCGUCCAGUUCAGGUAUCACCGUUACUUCUUCAGUUUCCGGUUUCGCUGAUUUGGCACCGUCUUCAACGAUUAAUGGGGGCACGAUGUGUGCCUAUUAUCACCAAGGAAUCGAAUUAGCUACCUAUACGGUCUCGCAAUCCGAUCCCGAUGGGGCCUUCUUUGUUGUUAAUUAUGGAAGAUACGGCAGUGCAGGAUAUGCUUAUGUGGGUGCUCAAAAGUACGAAACACAAAGAUGCACAGACUAUCAGACUAUAACUUGUAAUCCUCCAACAACCACAGUCCAAACAGCAACUACGUCGCCUACUACAACAACACCGCAGAUGACAACAACAAUAACAACUACAACAGAUGCACCUACUACAACACUGAGUACCGAACCCCCGACGACAACAGUGACAACCACAACACAGACAAUUACCACCACAAGAAGUACCGAACCUCCGACGACAACAGUGACAACCACAACACAGACAAUUACCACCGCAACAAGUACCGAAAUUCCAACAACAUCAGCUUCAACAACCUCAGUUGCUGAUUCAAGAAAGGUUUCAGGCUACUUCUUACGUCGUUUCCAGGACAAGUCUGUUUCAUCGAGCAAGCAAAUUGAAACUGUUGAAGGUACAACUCAGAUCCGAUGUGCACAACAUUGCCUAGAUAAAAUUCACUGCCAGUCAUUUAGCUGGGGGACAUCGACUCAGCAUUGCAUACUCGGUGGUUCUAUUGAUUCACAGUCAGAUAUUGUGCAAGAUGAUGGGAUUGAUAUAUUUGUUCGCUCAUGAUAGGGGCAGUUUAGCCCAUGAACAGGUACACCCCUCAUACAAAAGAACGUGUACAAGAUAAUGCUACGGCGACUAUAUCCUCAACAACAUUACACUCCAAUACAAAAUGAGUGAUAUUCGACUAUUUAUCCUAGACCUCAACAACAUUACACUCCAUUACCAAAUGAGUGAUAUUCGACUAUUUAUCCCAGACCUCAACAACAUUACACUCCAAUACCAAAUGAGUGAUAUUCAUGGGUAAUAAUAUGUCUGUAAAGCGCUUAGAGACGUCGUUCCGAUGUAUUAAGCGCUAUAUAAAUGCGGAUUAUUAUUAUUGUUUAUCCCAGACCUCAACAACAUUACACUCCAAUACCAAAUGAGUGAUAUUCGACUAUUUAUCCCAGACCUCAACAACAUUACACUCCAAUACCAAAUGAGUGAUAUUCGACUAUUCAUCCCAGACCUCAACAACAUUACACUCCAAUACCAAAUGAGUGAUAUUCGACUAUUUAUCCCAGACCUCAACAACAUUACACUCCAAUACCAAAUGAGUGAUAUUCGACUAUUUAUCCCAGACCUCAACAACAUUACACUCCAAUACCAUAUGAGUGAUAUUCGACUAUUUAUCCCAGACUUCAAUUGACCCAACCACUCUUUUACUCAUAUCGUUGACACGACAGUGAUUCCUUGUUUGUUAUUACGCUUAACUAGUGUUUUGCGUGUCAUAACAGUUGGUUUUCUGACAAAAAAUCUUCUUCCUAUUAACCAAGCUAUCAAUAUUACAUUUGAAAUAUUGCUUUCUUUUAUUAAUUUGAUAUCGAAGACGACAAAUUGUCUUAGUUAAAAUCAAUUAUGAAUUUGCAUUGAAGUCAACGUACGUCAUCUCGAUGAUGAUGGGUACUCCACCUUUGAACUUUUAGGAGUGGGUGGCAUUAUGGGACAUCUAGUAGUCUAGCAGUUUUACCUCUCCUAUAAUACCAAUAAGAGCAAAUGAGAAAGUAGUAGAUUAUAAAGAAAAAGAGGAAGAAUAAAAAGAAAAGGAAGAAGAAGAAGAAACGAAAAAGGAGACUUGAACCAAAACGUUUAUUAAGAGUCUGGCAAUAAGGGUGUAUAACUUAUUUCAUUUUUUUUUUUGGGGGGGGUCGCUAGGCACCCUCUGCCCUGUCACCGAGGGGAACAAGUGAAAUUACGUGAUAAUUAGCGAAAGUGAAGUCUUCAAAGAUAUAUUUAUUCGAUCUUUUUAAAAUGGUGCAGAAUUUAGUGGCACAAUCGUUAAGCCCCGUUUCUUGUUUUCCCAUUCUCUGGCAGUUAGAGCAAAUCAAAUCGUUUUCUGGUGGUUUAUUUUGGUCCAUGUUUACGACGUCUUAAUGUGUCAAUAGAAUACUAUGUUUUGAAUCGAUGGCGUGUAUCCCCCUCCAAGAGCAUGGCCAGGGCUAUGAUUUUUCACAUUUCUGCUCUUAAAAUAAUGACGCUCAACAAUAGAGAAACCUAAAAUAGUUGUGUAGAGAGUAAACAAUGUCAACAUUCAUUCCAUACAAGCAUAUUCGCUAUAUUCAGAUUUAUAUAUGUUUUAUUAUUAAGUUCAUUAAUGAGCAAAAGAGAUCAUAAGUUAUGUUUUAGAAACAGUUUUAGGAUGUUUUAAUUCUUUUGACACCGCUAGAACAACUGACGCCGAACAUUACCUGUGUACAUCGCUGAAGCGCUUAGCACGGUAUAAACAAUUUACUCUAAUUGCUGUUUACUGUCCAGAUUAGCAAAAUACUUAUCAGCAUUUUAGUUUUGAAUUUGUUGUGCCACUAACUAGUACCAGACUGUAAAAAGACUACUUUUAUGAUGAAUAUUAAGUCUUAAUAGGAAUGCUGCAUAUUUUCUCUUACAUAUAAAUGUAAAUAAAAUCAAAAUGUAAAUAUAUGAAUUUUAGCUAAUGUGAAACGUUCCAUCCAUUGCACAUGAGGUAACAAUAUGAAUAUUCGGAAAGAAUAUUGUGAUAAUAUCAAGCGUAUACCGACUUAACUUAAUAUGCAAUCUCUAUCUCGGACUUGUCAAAUCCAAAAUCUAUCAUCUUUACAGAGCGCCAUCUGUAGCUAUGGACACAUAUUUAUUACGCUGUUCCUUUAUUGUGGAUACAUGCAUAUAGGA